ACGGCUCAUCGCUUUGCGCCCGUCCUCUAAGGCCGGCUCGCUGAGGAGCGACCGCCGGGAACGCUCGGGAAGACCGGAGCGGCUCCCGAAUAGCGCUCAUGCGCGACGCGCAAGGGAAAGCGUGCUGCCGGCGUGCCGUCGGCACGGGGGGCCAGGUGCCUACGCCUCCGCCAGACUUCUGCCGCCUGCCUUGCCCCCAGCGAUCAGCCCUCGCGCUUGGCCAUCGCAGCACCCAGCGCAAAUCGCAGCAUCAGCGCCCGCCUGCGGGGCAGGGUGCAGAGAAACGCAGGCCCGUGCCCCGUCACACCUCGCCGACGCCGACGCCGAUGCGUGUUGCCCUUGCGUCGAAGAUUCAGCUCUUCUUGGCAGGCCAAGCACGCCCACUCGCGUCACCGCACGCCCGCCUCUCGCAAACUCAGCAGAUACACAAACGGCUGGCCGCACACCCGGGCUGCCGCAUCGUGUGAGCCAUCGUGAGAUCCCGGGAGCGUUCGAGAUUGCUCGAUGGCCCCUCGCCACGAGAUCGCAGAUGUGAAAUGAGCGUCGUACGAGUUCUGCGCAGUCUCCCCCAUUCCGCGGGGCGCUGAGAUGCUCGGUGCUGGGCACUCGGUGUCGCGCUGGCCCACUUGCGUCUCUGUUCGCUCUUCAC